AAACCUUAAUAUUUCUUCUUCAAAUUUGUAUUUCGUCUUUUUGGUCUCUGUGUCUGCCAAAAUGUAUUUCUGUCUUCUAGAUAUAUACACUAUAUACAGAAACUAGGGACUAUGGAACUCAAGUGAGCCAAGAAAAAACACUCCAUUUCGAUGGAGAAUUAUCCGGAAACACAGUUUCUUCCCGGGAAUUCAAUGAUCCAGAAUGCUACAGUUUCUUACUCUGAGGGAUUAGCCGGUAGAGAAAGAACUGAAGCUAACAAUGUCUCAGCCUCACAAGAGAGGCAAGCAUUGUCAAGAUUUGGCGGAAUAACGCAGAUGCAGAAUAUUGAUCAAGAUUUCGGUUCUUGGAGAGAUCAAGCGAGUGACAGGAACGGUUUCCAGCUAAUGAGCGCGAUGGCAGGUGCCACGGGGAUUCUUCAGACUGGUCAGGGACUGUCCCUUAGCCUUGGUUCACAGAUUCUUCCUGGAAUUCAUCAAAUGAGCCAUCAAAAUAUGGCGCCGAGAGCCGAGCAUUUCAGAGGCAAUGAAUAUGCAACACAGAGCUUUCCAAGCGGGAAUCAGAAUUUGGAUCUUGUGAGAACAAUUCCCAACUCAAAGUAUCUCAAGGCGGCUCAAGAGCUUCUAGAUGAGGCUGUUAAUGUAAGGAAAGCUCUAAAGCUGUUUCAAGCAGAGGGAGAUAAAAACAAUGAGAACCCUCAAGAACCUAAUCAGAACACUCAAGACUCGAGUACGAAUCCUCCUGCAGAAAUAUCUCAGUCGGAGAGACAAGAAAUGCAGAGCAAGUUGACAAAACUCUUGUCAAUGUUGGACGAGGUGGAUAGAAGAUAUAAGCAAUAUUACCAGCAGAUGCAGAUAGUUGUAUCCUCGUUCGAUGUGAUAGCAGGUUAUGGAGCAGCAAAACCAUACACAGCACUCGCCCUUCAAACAAUUUCUCGCCAUUUUCGUAGCCUAAGGGAUGCGAUAUCCGGACAAAUCCUCGUGAUACGGAAAUGCCUUGGGGAACAACAAGAUGGAUCAGAUGGGAAAAGAGUUGGGAUAAUAAGCCGGCUUAAGUACGUUGAUCAACAUUUAAGACAGCAAAGAGGUUUUAUGCAACCUCAAGCGUGGAGGCCUCAACGCGGUCUACCUGAAAACUCUGUUUUGAUUCUUCGUGCUUGGCUCUUUGAGCAUUUUCUUCACCCUUACCCAAAGGAUUCUGAUAAGAUCAUGCUAGCAAGACAAACGGGCUUGAGCCGCGGUCAGGUUUCAAACUGGUUUAUAAACGCACGAGUGCGUUUAUGGAAGCCAAUGGUGGAGGAGAUAUACAAGGAGGAAUUCACAGAGAAUGAUUCCAACUCUUCUUCCGAAAAUACACCAAAAAUGUCUGAGAUAGGACAUGCUGCUGCUGAUGAUGAAGAUCGAGCUCAAGAGCUUUCACAAGACCAGACCAAACCGGACCAUGGACAUGGAUAUGGUGAGGAAACUCGUGGCAUGGUCGUCCAAGGCAGUCAUAUGGAUGGUCGCCGGUUCAUGGCAGUUGAGCCUACAUAUCAUGUGGCUGAUAUGUCAAGAUUGGGUCGUGGUGAUGUGUCCUUGACUCUAGGGCUUCAAAACUCUCAAGGACAUGGUAAUGUUGUGGCUAUGUCUAGUGAGGCAUACAACAACUUUUCCGGGGUAGAUAUUUACGAGAAUGCCAUCCCGGGAGCUGAAAUGGAGUAUGUAAACCCCGGAAGUCGCCAGAACCAGAUUAAUUCUUCACAAUUGGUACAUGAUUUUGUAGCUUGAAGAAGUAAGCAAUGGAGAGGAAUAAAGCGUAGGUGUUAUGAUCAGUCUCAAUUCUCUAGUGGAAAGAAAGUUGGUCAGAAGAAAAAGUUUUAGAAAUAUUUGUAUAAAGUAAACAUUCUUUU